AUGGCGUCUGCGUUAGAACUCCCCUGCCAGGUCAAGGCAAUCUACUCCUGGGGUGGUGAGGAAGAGGACGAUUUGGGCUUUAUUGAGGGAGACUUCAUUGAGGUUGACGAUUUUGGCGAUGGAAACUGGUGGCAUGGAACAUUGAAGAGAAAUAAAAUGACCGGCAACUUCCCCAGGAACUAUGUCGACUUUGUCGAUGCUUCGCUCAAAAAGGAGUUUAGCAAAAUGAUGUUGAACAAGAAAAAUGAAAAGAAAAAGAUCCUCCAUACCAGCUCCAGCUCGAUAUCCAAUCCUUUGAUCAACAUUAUUCCCAAUAAUCUUGCUCCCAAUAAUCUUGCUCCUAAUAACAUCAUCCCCAAUAUCAUCCCCAAUACCAUUGUCCCUAACACUAUCAUUCCUCAAAAUGUCAUCCCAAACAACACUAUAAUGCUCUCAAACAUGUAUCCCUCCAUUUCUUUAAAUAUCAAUCAAAACAAUUCUCUAAACUCAAUAAAAUCAAAUCCUAUUAUUCAUAAAAAAUCAACCGAUUUUGAUAAUGAUAACAUAGAUUCAUUUGAUCAAACCGUCAACUUAUUCAACAAGACAAUGAAUAAUAAUAAUAUUCAUACUAAUAACAACAAUAUCAUUAACAAUGAUUCAUUUAGUACUUCAACUGUCUUGCCUAAUGAUCUAUCUUUAAACUCUCUAUUAUUGUCACAGCAAAUGCAAUUAACCAAUUCUCAAUUAGCUUCACAAAUUGAUAAUAACAUUACUAUGAAUGAUGUUUCUUAUAUUAGAUCCCAUUCUCACUCUCCUUCUCACUCUCCUUCUCACUCUCCUUCUCACUCCUAUUCCCAUUCUCCAUCUCAUUUAUUAAACCAUCCCCCUUCUCCUUCCCCUUCUCCUUCUCCUUUACCUUUACCUUUUAAUUCAAAUCCUGCUAUUUCAUAUUCCACCUCUCCUUCCCAUUCUUCUCCUUCUUAUUCUUCCUCUUCUCCCAUUCAUUCCCAUACAAAAUCCCAAUCUCUAUCUCAAUUCGAUAAAUCUUUUUUCACAUCGACCCUUUAUCCCACUUCAAACAAUACUAAUAAUAUAAAACUAAACAACUUUCAAAACCCAAAUUACCCUUCAAACAACAUCAAUAAAAGCUCAUUUAUACAUUAUGAUAAUGAUACUUAUAUUCAUGACGAUACUUUUAAUCCUAAUUCUGACUCAAACUCAACUUCUGAUUCAGAUUCUGAUAAUGAACCGCCACCACCUCCUCCAAUUCAUAACACGAAUAUCAAAAAAUCAAAUCAAAACCAAAACCAAAACCAAAACCAGCUUUUUAAUAACAAUAAUAGUUCCAAUUUUAACCAAAAAAAUGUCUUUUUCGAUCAAAAUAAUCAAUUUUCAAAUAACGAUCCAAGUUUUUAUUCAAAUUCAACUUUAAUAAAUAACAAUUCAAAUGAUUUUAUUUUACCUUAUGAUCCUGAUACUUUAUAUCAACCCGAUUUCAACUUGAACCCAAUUAAUAAAAACAAAAACAAUAAUACAAAUAAUCAUUUGAAUGUCAAAAGUCAACCCAAUUUCUAUAAUACAAAUUUAACAUCUUCUACCAACAGUACAACUGGCUCUUCUUACUCAAAUUCAACUAAUUUCACUGAUAUUAGUGCAACUAGUGCUGCAAGCGCUGAGAGUUUUGCAAGACAUAAACUACAAAAUACUCCUCUACCCCAAGUUCCAAUUAACUCUCAAGUUCCAAUUAAUAUCAAUUCUCAACUUGAUAACACUGAUGAAACUAAAAAUAAUGACGAUUUACUUAAAACUAAAUAUUAUAAACAAAUUAUCUCAAAAAACCGAAUUUCUUCAAUUAGUUACAAUGUCUCCAACAAUUUUGAAAUGCAAAAAACUAUUGACAUGGAACUUGAAUCAAAAGAAAAAAAAAAAUUAGAAAUUUCUAAUAUCGACAAGUUUAAUGAAGAUAAUAAAGACAAUUUUAGAAAUUUAAAUCCAACCGAUGUCCAAUUUGAAUUUCAAAAAUACAAUAAUUUAAAUUUACAAGCUAAAAAAAAUAAAAAAACUGGCUUUUUCAAAAAACUUUUAGCGUUAAAUCAAAGAUUUGAUGAUAAUGAAUCUGGAUAUAAUAAUAACAACCAUAUUGUAAUUAAUAGCAAUACUAAUACUGAUGAUUACGAUGGUGAUAGAGAUAUCACAGGAGAUUUAACCUCUCCAAAAAAGAAUACAUCUUCAUAUUCUGUUCCUAAAAAUCUUCCUAUAUCCAAGCUAGAGUCAAUUUAA